GAACAGACCGUUGCUUUAUUUACAGUGUUUAGUGGCUUUAUUUAAAGCGUAAAGUUGUCGUAUAUGCCUAAGCAAUGGCAUUAUUUAUUUGUUUUUAUUUUUCCUGACCAAUUCCAGUUUUAGCGAAUAUUUUUAUUCAUAAUUUACUGCUAAAAGACAGCGCAUGUGGUCGUAAAAGCAGCACUGUUCACCUAUGAUUGCGAAAUUCCAGAGGAAAAACUGAAUCAAGUCAGGAUUGAGCAUGCAGUGUGUUAAACUGCCCGUCAGUGUGACAGUGGAGAUAAAUGUGCUGCUGCUGGCGGUUACAGCACUUGCCCUCUUUACUCGACUUUAUGGCAUUCACUUUCCCAAAGCUGUAGUGUUUGAUGAGGUUUAUUAUGGACAGUUCCUGUCAUUGUACAUGAAGCAGGUUUUUUUCAUAGAUGAAAGCGGUCCUCCUUUUGGACACAUGAUACUUGCUUUAGGAGCGUAUUUAGGAGGAUUUGAUGGCAACUUUGUUUGGAACAGAAUUGGAGCAGAAUACCCUGGUAAUGUCCCUGUUUGGAGCCUUCGACUGAUACCGGCUCUGGCAGGCUCUUUUUGUGUGCCACUUGCAUAUCUUGUAGUAGUGGAGCUGGGAUACUCCCACUUCUCGGCACUGGGGGCCUGUGCACUUCUCCUCAUGGAAAACUCCCUGAUUGUGCAAUCGCGCUUCAUGCUGCUGGAGUCUGUUUUAAUUUUCUUCUUGCUGUUGGCUGUGCUGUCUUACCUCCGCUUUCACAAAGCACGCAACUCAUUUUUCAAGUGGUUUUGGCUUGUGAUCUGUGGGGUCAGCUGUGCAUUCGGAAUUGGAGUAAAGUACAUGGGUAUGUUCACAUACUUUCUACUGCUGAGCCUGGCAGCUGUACACACCUGGCAGCUUAUUGGAGAUCAAACCUUGAGCCAUGGCAAAGUAAUGUUCCAGGUAUUGGUUCGCUUCCUGGCACUCGUGGUGCUACCUGUCAUCAUGUACCUUGGGUUUUUCUACAUUCAUCUGACCUUGCUAUAUCGCAGUGGACCUCAUGACCAGAUGAUGAGCAGUGCCUUUCAAGCAAGUCUCGAGGGUGGUCUUGCCCGGAUCACUCAGGGGCAGCCUUUAGAUGUAGCAUUUGGCUCACAGGUCACUCUCCGCACAGUCUCCGGUAAACCUGUGCCUUGUUGGCUUCACUCACACAAGGCCAACUAUCCCAUCAGGUAUGAAAAUGGCCGUGGAAGCUCCCACCAGCAGCAGGUGACCUGCUAUCCUUUCAAAGAUGUCAACAACUGGUGGAUUAUCAAAGACCCUGGGCGGCAAAGUCUUGUGGUCAGCAGCCCACCCAAACCUGUCAGACAUGGGGAUAUUAUUCAGUUGCUGCAUGGAAUGACAACUCGCUACCUGAACACACAUGAUGUUGCAGCCCCCAUGAGUCCUCACUCACAGGAAGUGUCGGGCUAUAUUGAUUUUAACGUGUCUAUGCCAGCUCAGAAUCUCUGGAGAGUGGAUAUUGUGAACAGGGAGUCUGAGAAAGAGAUCUGGAAGACCAUUUUAUCAGAGGUGCGACUAGUCCACGUGAACACCUCAGCUGUUUUAAAGCUUAGUGGAGCCUCUCUGCCAGAGUGGGGUUUUAAACAGCUGGAGGUGGUGGGUGAUAAGAUUUAUAAAGGCUACCAGCAGACCGGCAUGUGGAACGUGGAGGAGCACCGCUAUGGCAGAAGUCAGGAACCAAAGGAAAGGGAGUUGGAGCUGAAGUCUCCUACUCACAGCGAUGUCAACAAAAAUCUCACAUUUAUGGCCAAAUUUCUGGAACUGCAGUGGAAGAUGCUGACAGUAAAGAACGAAGAGUCAGAGCACAAAUAUAGUUCAUCACCUCUUGAAUGGAUCACAAUGGACACCAACAUUGCAUAUUGGCUUCAUCCUUCAAGUAAUGCACAGAUUCACUUUAUAGGCAAUAUUGUUACUUGGACCACUGGAAACAUUACACUGGUUGUGUACUGUCUUCUGUUUUUAACAUACUUACUAAGACGGAGGAGGAAAGUUGAAGACAUUCCACAAGACUCUUGGGAACAGUUGGUUUUGGCUGGUGUGGUUUGCUUAGGAGGCUGGGCAGUGAAUUACCUGCCAUUCUUCCUAAUGGAGAAGACUCUCUUUCUAUAUCACUAUCUCCCAGCACUGACCUUCAAGAUCUUGCAAAUACCUAUAGUCACAGAGCACCUGUACAUCCACGUAUUGAGAUCCUCAGCUCAACAGAAAGCAUUUGGUGGUGUGAUUUUAGCAGUUCUUUGUUCAGUAUACAUGUCCUACCACAGCUUGAGUCCUCUCACGUAUGGCCAGCCAGCGUUAACAUCAGACAAGCUCGCUGAGCUGCGCUGGAGGGAGAGUUGGGAUAUUCUCUUACGCAAACGCUAAAAUAUCCUUUAUUUUUUUUAAGACAAGAUAAUUUCAUGGUGUCAAAAUUUCAAAUCGAGAUGACUGAUAGGGCUGAUGGAUUUUUUGAGAAAUGGAUUCUGAUUCGAAAUGCAUCACUUUUCUGUCUUGAAUGGAUUCUGAGCUCAGUGUUUAACAGGAGAUUAUACCACAUGCUUUACAAACUCUGCUUGCUUCCAAUUCCUUACAAAUACCACAUGAAUCUAAAGUAAUCAGUAAUGAAGUUCAAAUUAGGCAAUUACAAAAGUGUUUUUAGUGAGCUGUUUACAUUAAUCUUGUCAUAAAGGCCAACUUACAUGAAGCACAAGCAAUAUAUGGUUUGAAAAUUAGUCGAGUGCAACAUGCUGUUAAAAACUAAGUUUAGAAUCACUUCAAGAGAGAAUAGCAACGCAUUUUGAAUCAAUUUUUCAAUAUUUCACCAUAGUUUUCAUGGAUUUCCAGAAAGCUGUGAAGCACUAUUUCUAGAGUCUGUGCCCAAACAUAAUAAUGUGAAAAAACCCAUGCUGCUGAAUCUGAAAACUCUAAACCAAAUGGACUCUGAAGCACAAUUUCCGUGCUACAUUUAUCAUGCUCGAAUGUUUACAUAUUACUCUGUUUGUAUAGCGAUUUUAUUGUAUUGUUUUAGAGACUGUUAAACUAAUAAGAUGCAUUGCAUUUCUUUAAAUAUGUUUUAUUUGAUUCUUGCACAACAGAAAAAAACGUUUAAUAAACGUUUAUAUGACAUUAAAA